GCUGAAGGGUUGACGUGUUUUUAGCCGCGGAAGGGUGAAAAUGGCGAAAUCGAAAUUUGCAAAGUGCGCGAAAAUAUUGCUUGGUUUUGAUGUAAUAUCUGAUUGAUAAAAUAAAACAUUCACAUUUGAUGAAUUACAUGUAAAAAAAAAUUAACUUUAUAAUAACAGUGAACUUGUCAUUCUCAUUUCACUUUGAAAUUUUAAUACUAAACGACCUUUAGGUCUGUUUGUACACAGCGGUGCGUAGUGCACUGUGGGACAGCAAUGGUGGGCGCGUGAUUUUGAACAAAUUCGAGAUAUUGAAGGAACACCCAGGGACAUAAUCAUGUCUGUAAAUAAAGGGCAAAAUGCUAGAGCAUUGGUUGAACCAUUAGCUCUUGAUUCACGUACUCUUGGUGAUGGAGAUUUAAGUGCAUUAAGUUUAUCGCAUAAUAAUGAACAAUAUUCAUCAAAUGACUUUGAAGCAUUUGCAAAUAUUCAGGCUGAAUUAGAAUGCAUGAAUGCUGAAGAAGUUAUGACAACUGAUGAAGAGCAUAUAAUAAUAGAACGUAAUAUUCAGACUGAAACCAUUGUACCUGAUGUGGAAAUGACUGAAGUUUCUGGGCAAGCUCAAGAAGAACAUAUUAUUUAUACAACAGCAAAUCAAAAUAAUCAAAAUAUUGUAUUUCAAACAAAACCAACGUUACAAAGGCUUCCUGCAUCCACAGUACAGGUAAAAUCAAAUGCUGGUCAAGUAACACAAAGUCAGUCUAUUAUGAUAGUAUCUCCUGCUGGUGGUCAAGGUACUAGCCAAAUUUUAAAAAUUUCCCAUCCAUCAACAGCAUCACAUGGUCAAUUACAAUCAUUAGCUCAGACUCUUAUAACAGCAAAAUCUGCUGAUGGUAAUAUAGUUCAGUUAAGAUCUGCACAACCUAGUAAACCGGUAAUGGCAACUAGUCAUUCAGGAAAUAUUACAUUAGGUAAUGUUCAAAAUGUAAAAACAGCUCAAUCAGCUAUAAAACGGACUGCACAGAAUACUUCUCAAAAUCGAAAUGUGUAUACAAAAAUGAUAUUAACUGGAAAUCAAGCUCAAUCAGGCCAAGUUCUUAUAACAAGUUCUCAAAAUGAAAACCAGCAAACGCAAGCAAUAAAAUUUUUAAAUAAUAGUGCAUCAAGCCAAGAUGUUACAAGUCCAACAAAAACUAUAACAUUAGCACAAGCACAACAAAUGGGAUUACUUUCCACUAAUAAAGUCCCACAUAUUUUACCCUCUUCACCACAGAAACAAGUGAGUAUUAAAAAAAAAGGAAUAAUUGUAAAUAAAUUAGUGCAAUCAUCAAGUUCUCAACCUUCUAAAAUGACUAUAGUUCCAAGUAAUACAAUAAAAUCACCUACAAAAAUAUUACCAGCUCCUACAGUGAAUACACAAAUUAAAUCUUCAACAAUUUCAAAUCAGCAGUCAUUUUCUUCUUCUAAUAAAUCAUCUGUGCAACAAAGUCCUCAAAAAGUGAUUAUAAGACAGAGUUCUUUAAAACCUGGAACUGUUCUUGGAAGUGGACAAGUUAUUAGAAUACCUGCUAAUCAAAAUAUUGUAACUGGAUCUAAUCAAGUACAUCAGAUACAGAUGCCUGGAAGACAAGUGCAAUAUGUAAGAUUAGUUAGUACUCCAUCAUCAGGAACUACGAAUGUUGUUACUGUAGGUAAAACAAAAUCACAAACAACUUUACAAACAGUUGGAGUUGGUCAAAAAAUAGGAGGUCAACAACAAAUUGUUAAGGUAGUUCCAUUAAAUACUAGUAAUCAAUCAUUAAGAACAGUUGCACCUAAGGCAACAUUAACAGGAAGUGGUCAAAGGUUAUUAAUUCCGGCAACUGCAACAGUAGGUAAUCAAUCUAAAAAUGCAGUUGCUAUUCCGGCAUCUGCUUUAAGUCAAUUAGCAUCUGGACAAGCAGUUCUUUCAACUAAUUCAAAUGUAGGAAAUAUUGUAGUGUUACCAGCUCAAUAUAUUCAACAACAGUCAGCGGAUGACGUAAAAUUGAAAACUCAGCAAACAACAACCAAUUUAUUAAGUAAUUCACAAAAUUUACAGAGUUCAACAGGAACUUUAUCUGUGGGAUCUGUUAUAGAAAGUAAAAGUUCUCAAAGAUCAUAUACCAGUGUUGAACCAAAUGGUAUUAGACCAAGAAAACCAUGUAAUUGUACUAAAUCACAAUGUCUUAAAUUAUAUUGCGAUUGUUUUGCGAAUGGAGAAUUUUGUCAUAUGUGUAACUGUAAUAAUUGUUCUAAUAAUCUUGGAAAUGAAGAAGAAAGACAACGUGCUAUUAAGUCGUGUUUGGAACGUAAUCCAAAUGCUUUUCGUCCAAAAAUUGGCAAGGGUCGUGAAACUGGUGAUGAUAUACGUAGACAUAACAAAGGUUGUAAUUGUAAACGAAGUGGAUGUUUAAAAAAUUAUUGUGAAUGUUAUGAGGCUAAGAUUCCAUGCUCAGCUAAUUGUAAAUGUAUAGGAUGUCGUAAUGUAGAAGAACCAAAUCUAGAGAAAAAAUCUUUAAAAGAUCUAGCUGAAGCAGCUGAAGUAAGAACUGCAACACAACUUACACUAAACAAGACAAAAUUACAAUUAUCAGAAAUGGCUUUCAGACCUCCUGCAACAUCGAAUACGGGUGCAAGGCAACCUUUUAAUUUUUUAACUGAUAAAGUAGUAGAAAUAACAUGUCAGUGUUUAAUGGCACAAGCUGAUGAAGCAGAACGUAAUAUGUUUGAUGAUGAAACAUCACAAAGACUUAUAAUUGAGGAAUUCGGUCGCUGCCUUAAGGAAAUCAUAGAAUCUGCACAUAAAGCUGAAGCUACCUAGCAGGUACAUUCUAAGAAAAAGUAUAAUGUUAAGAAUAUUCAAAUUUUGAAAACUUAUUCUGAAAUUACAAAAUUGAAAAUGUUAGUU